AUGGCGACUCCUUCAGCAAAACCAGGCGCAACACCGACUCAUCUCUCAUCCCCCCACCCCUCCGCCGCUCCUCUAUCUCGAACUCUCGCACAUAAAUCACCUUCAAUGAAGACACCAACGGUCACGGGGUCUGGUAAUACAAACCAAACCGGUCUCUCGGCCCCUCAGUAUGCGACGCCCCUCGCUGUGCCGGGUGGGGUUGACGAUCCCGUCAAUUUUGCUUCGCCUUCAGCUCUCUUGGCGCUUGGUGGAUAUACUGGUAUCAGCCCUUCACCUGCGGUGCAUGAUGGGCUUGUUGGUACGGGAAUGAACGAGAAUGACAUCCAAAAUCUCGGUAUGCAGGGCAUCAAACUCGGGGUUGCGCGAGAUAACGACCAAGAGCAGAGGCAUCGCAUUGAGGAGGUUGUCCAGCUUCUGCGCGCACGGGUAUCUGGCCGAGGAAUAUCUCGUGAGAGUGUGGAACGGCUGAGUCGACUCGAAGGAUUCGAAUCCAUCUGGCAGGACGAUAACCUCAACAUCGCUGGUAAUUUUGUGGAUCUUGAGAUCGAAUUCUACCCUGGUCAGGAUGUUGUCCAAGACGUCAGCCUGCGGUAUGCUACACCUGAAUACACGGAAGGUGUGCGACGAGAGGAAGCUACGGCAGUCUUGAAGCGGAACCUUGCUCAGUCCCCGGAAGACGCUGAAUGUGGGAAAUGGAGGUCGCUUCAAGAAUUCCACGAAAAUCUACAGUGGCUUGCGAAUCUCGAUAAGCUCAGUCAGGAGGUUAACUGCUUUGAGGCCUUGGAGAAUCUCGAAGAAAACUUCAAGCGAAUUUGGGUCGAAGAAAGCAAAAAUGGGAAGCACGGCGGUGAAUAUCAACAUCUUUGCGCAGGUGUGCUCGGCCGUCCCACAAUGCAUAGGGGGUCUCGGAUUGGACUCGGCCUUCAAUAUUGGGUUGAGCAAGCUAAAGUCAUGGAUGCAAAACAGGGCCUCCCAUCUCCGGACGCUAUGGAGAUAGACGCACAAAAUGACCAAGAUACGAAGAGCGAGUUGGAGGAUCAAGACCGAUCAUGGGCGGUCAUGAUUGAAUGCGAAGAGGGAUAUCCAUCACUCCGCAUUGCCAAGGAAUGGAUCGGACCGGAAGUUUUUACUGCAGGUGAAAGCACUGAAUCUCUUCCUUCGAAUGGUGCCGCUGGGUCUGUGAACUGGCUUGAUCCACCACAGACUAUGCGGUUGACACAUGGCAAUCAUGAUCCAAUGGCAUUGGACUCCAGCAUGCUGGAAUCAUCACCACCCAAUCGCCGAUUCGUCGCUAAACUCGAGCCGGCGCUCGAUGUUCCUAUACUUGCCGCUUCCGAAAUCUAUCGGCACCUCGGCAUGCAGUUACCUCAGGAAUUCAAAAUGGUCACAUACGACGCACUGUUAGUACCGGAUUCUCCGCCGUCGGGUUCAGUUUCCCAAAUUGGUCGACGAAGGCGACGCAUAUCGGUGCAUGGCAUUGAUCAAAAGGGCGAGCAAUACAAGAAACAACACAAUUACACCUUCCAAUCCUUUGAAUCCAUCACCGGUCGCACCAUCCGUGAUCUACCCUUCUCGCACCCUCGGCAGAUUGCAGAUAUCCUUCCGAUACUCCGACAAUAUGCUGUAGUCGCCAGCUUGAUCCGAAAGACAUUCCAGGUUCCUGCCAAAGAGCAAGCUACCGCAACCGAGACUUCAGGCGCAGCCCCCCAGGACUCCCGCGACCCGCCCGUCCCAACCAUAGACCAACUGUUUGCUGCUGGCCAAGACGGGCCCAUCAUUUUGAACAACAACGAUCCCAACCAGGAACGGCUGGACCUUCUGCUGGGUAUUAGUAGCUUGGAUGAGAGCCAAGCCGAACCUGAGACUGGACUUCUGACUCCUUCCAGUGAUGGAAAGAAUCCCAAGCAACUUUCCAAGGACGACGUCAAAGUCGACGUGACAUUGCGGAUUCAGCUCGGGCAAGCGCCAGCCCUCAUGUUGCUCAUCACUGACCAGAGGGGUCAGAACGAGAACACCGGGACUGAUCGAUCCGUUCAAGCCCCUAAGCAAAUUGCUAUUUGUUUCGAGGUUGGACUGAAUGGCCGCAUCUCAGUUGUGGAUACGGCUGGGUUGGUGGACGAUGAGCACGGGGAUGACACGGAAAUGCAGGGCGCAGAUCAGUCUCUGCAAGAUGUGCAGAGGAAGAUCGUCCGGGUACUUGAAGUGUCCCAAGAUUUGAGCAUACUGGUUGAGUGGGUCUUGCGUCGGCUGCAGCGAGCUGGCAAUGGGUGA